AUGGCCAUUGGUGCAAUGUCUUCUUCUUCUCCUUCUUCUUCUCCUCCAUUGUCAAAGCUUGCAACAUCCAAAGCUCAUGGAGAAGACUCUCCAUACUUUGCUGGUUGGAAAGCUUAUGAAGAGAAUCCUUAUCAUCCUUUGAACAACCCUUCAGGUGUCAUUCAAAUGGGAUUAGCUGAAAACCAAGUUUCAUUUGAUCUUUUGGAGGAGUACUUGGAAAAAGAACAAGAACAAGUGUUCAAGUGUGGAUCAAACUUCAGAGAAACAGCUUUGUUUCAAGAUUAUCAUGGUCUUAAAGAUUUCAAGAAAGCAUUGGCAAGUUUCAUGGGAGAAAUAAGAGGAGGAAGAGCUAAAUUCGACGAAAAUCGCUUAGUUCUCACCGCCGGUGCCACCGCCGCUAAUGAGCUUCUCACUUUCAUUCUCGCCGACCCCGGCGAUUGUUUGCUCGUUCCCACUCCUUAUUAUCCAGGUUUUGAUAGAGACUUGAGGUGGAGAACAAGAGUGAACAUAAUUCCGAUUCAUUGCGAUAGCUCGAAUGAUUUCCAAGUGACAAGAAAAGCUUUAGAAGAUGCAUACAAGGAAGCCGAAAAGAAGAGGAGUAAAGUUAAAGGAGUUCUAUUAACGAAUCCUUCAAAUCCUUUAGGCAAAGUGAUACCAAAAAAAAUCCUUGAAGACAUACUUGACUUUGUGACAAAGAAAAACAUGCAUUUAAUCUCUGAUGAGAUCUACUCCGGCUCCGUAUUCACCCCGAAUGAGUUCGUAUCGGUAGCUGAAAUCAUCGAAGAAAACGGAUACAAAAACUCGGAAAGAGUGCACAUUGUUUACAGUCUUUCAAAAGAUCUAGGCUUGCCUGGAUUCAGAGUUGGAGCUAUAUAUUCAUACAAUCCAAAUGUUGUUAUAACUGCAACAAGGAUGUCAAGUUUCAGCCUUGUUUCAUCUCAAACUCAGAGAAUGUUGGCUUCCAUGCUAUCAAACAAAGAGUUCACUGAAAAGUAUAUAAGAACAAAUAGAGAAAGGCUAAGAAAGAGACAUGAAAAGAUAGUUGAAGGAUUGAAAGAAGCUGAGAUAGAGUGUUUGGAAGGGAAUGCAGGGUUGUUUGUGUGGAUGAACUUAAGGCCAUUGCUUGAAGAGAGAACAAGAGAAGGAGAGUUGAAGAUUUGGGAGACUAUAGUGAAUGAAGUGAGGCUUAAUAUAUCACCAGGGAGUUCAUGCCAUUGCAGUGAGGUUGGAUGGUUUAGGGUUUGUUUUGCUAACAUGAGUGAGAAGACAUUGGAGGUUGCAUUGAAGAGGAUGAAGGACUUUGUGGAGAAGAAGAAGAUGAAGAACAAGAAGCAGCAGCAAAAGCAACUUUUUGGUUACUAUUUUGGGUGA